UCUCCGCCUCGUGCAGCGCUUGGAUGCUUAGGCCAGCGACCUCUCCUCGCGCCCUUUGCUCUUCCCUCGCUCUGCGCAGGGCGGGUUGACUUCCCGUCUUCCUCGUCUCUCCCGUUUUCCCGUCCCUUUUCUUCCUGCCGGUUUGUGCCGCGUUCCCGCCGUCCCCCUGCAAGUUCGGGUCUCUUCUCCAGUCCCUCUUGUUUCGGUCCUUCCUUCGUGUUACCCCCGUCCUGUCUUUUUCUUUUAGCCCGUUUGUGGCCAAACUUGACGUCCUCUCGAUUGCUCAACUUCUUGCCUUGAGCCUGAAAUCUAACAGCUCUUAGGAGUCACGUGUCUUAACAGUUAUUCCCUCGUAUAUUAACCAACAUUAUUAUAAGCGUUAUUUCUAAGGGGUCGAUCUCCUGCGUUAUUUCUAAGGGGUCGAUCUCCUGCGUCUUUUAAUAUAAAUAUAUUCUGUUCCUCUGUGGGUUUUACUAUCUUCUGUCGUCGUGCUUUUCAAUCUGCAGCUGUUUUCUAGUCGCUAAAAAUACGUAGGUAUCCGUCAACCAGCCCCAGAUUCGUCCCACGCCGUGCCGGGGAUCGAGUCUCUGGAGCGCGCUGAACCUUCGGGAGAUUAAACACCUGUAAAGAUAAAGCAACGUCAGCUAGUUGCGUGCGCUUUGCAAAUGCCGGUCUGAAUGUGGCUUGUGGGAUAUCUGAGAUCGCUUGUGAAGACCGGGUCCUUGUCGCUGUUUUUGAGUUUAGUCAUUACCUGUCAUGAGAGCUCCCUUCUUGAGAACCUCGUUAGAUCACAGCUGUUGUCUUGUCUGGAGAUAUUAAACUACUUCUGCCAGCAGCAGUCAGUCUUUGCUGGCAGGCGGUGACAGCAGGUAGUGUGCACAGAUUUGAGUUGGCUUUAACUUAAGCAGCUAGGAUAUUAGCUCCAACCAAGCCAUGGUGACUUACCUCUCAAAUCCUGAGUUGUUCUUGGGCUCUUAGAAAAGCAGCACAUUGAUUUCUAAGACACUUGCAAUUCACUUUUAAUGCUGUUUCUUUUUCUGGUCCCUCUCAGCUGAGCGGAUUGUGUGUUCCCUUUGUUCCUCACCAAACCCUUUGGGUAGCUAAUGUUCCUCUUCCGUGUGUUCAGAGGCCAAAUGCCCUUUGGGAUAAAAGCUUUUUGUUGUUCCAAACUCUCAAAUUAUUUUCCAAAGGAACCAACUAGGAUUUUUCUUUUCUUCGCUCCCCACCCCCCACUUAAGAUUUAACCCUGGGGCAAUUUAAGAGCAAAAAUUUAACUUGUUCUAAGGCCACUGAAACAAAAGUCCUUCAGAGUCAUGGUUAUCAAAUGGAUCAUCUCUUCUUGUAGAAACGUUACAGAAAACGGCGCUUUUUUGCAUUGAAACAAUUUUUACGGGUGUCCGUUGUUGCAGCGGCUGAUGUCUUGUUGGAACAGAGCUGUACUACUUGCAAUGAUUUGCUUUCAAAAACCCCAACCUGUGAUGCUGCAGCACCCUGGGGUGCUUUGAGGUGCUUUCAAGGGUGCCGCAGGGUUCCAGGCAAUAAGAGUAUCAUUGAGCACGAACAUGAUUCACGAGAGAAACCCAGAGAUUUUUAAUAGGAAUUCAGAGUGUUAAAAGCGUUCUGGCUUGCUGUGGUUUUUCUAAGUUAUGUGCAACAGAAGAAUUGCUCUAGUGUUUUUCUUAAGUCAAAAAACAAGAGCUGGCAUUUUCCAAGGGGUGUCUUGAGUCUAUCGAGGGAGGCCUUGAGUCUAAAGAGGCUGAAAACUGCUGGUUUAAGCAGUCAUUGCUCUUGGGGUGGGAGAGAUGCUAUAGAUAAAAGCCUCAGUCAUGUAUUCUGAUUCACCAAAGUAUUCUCAGCACAUGUGGAGGGGUCUGGGCUAGCUGGGCUGCAGCAGGGGUAACCCGGUCUUAUUUCUACAGCCCGGGUUAUACAGAGCAUCCUACCAGCUGAUCCAGUGGUCCUUUCUGUCCUUUGUGCAAGCAUAAAUCUGUGCUUGCAGGAUAGAAGUCACGUUACACCUCACAGUGUGUGUGUGCGCGCGCGCAUGUGAAAUGCAGUUUUCAGAGAGAAGAAGAAUCCCUCUUUGUGCUGCUCAGAGAGACCAUGGGGGGGUGGGAAGUGGUAUGUGAAGGGCCAUGUUCAAAAGCUGUCACGUUGCAGCUCCUGGGUGCUCUUCCCUUGCUGGUGCAGCAUGAAAAGAUGUGUGUUCUACUAGAAAAUGAUCUGAUACAUGAACAAGACCAAACUGUUAAACGGGGCUGGUUCAGCGUCUCAGUGUGGACUGAGCUGACACUUACACCGUGGGCCCCUCUAGCCCGCCUGCGUUAAGGUACCAGGAAUGCGGUGUUAAACACCGAGGCCCGCACCAUCGAGGCGGACGUGCUGAGCCGACGCUGCGUCAUGAUGCGGCUGGUGGACUUCUCGUACGAGCAGUACCAGAAGGCCCUCCGCCAAUCUGCCGGCGCCGUGGUCAUCAUUUUGCCCCAGGCCAUGUCAUCGGUUCCGCAGGAUGUUGUCCGGCAGUUCAUGGAGAUAGAGCCUGAAAUGCUGGCCAUGGAAACCAUCGUGCCCGUCUACUUUGCAGUAGAGGAUGACGAGCUGCUCUCCAUCUACGAACAAACACAGGCUGCUUCUGCAUCGCAGGGUUCUGCAUCAGCUGCUGAAGUGCUGUUGCACACAGCAACUGCCAAUGGCUUCCAGAUGGUUACCAGCGGGGCUCAGAGCAAAGCUGUCAGCGACUGGCUCAUAACCAGCGUGGAGGGGAGGCUGACUGGGCUGGGAGGAGAGGACCUGCCCACCAUUGUGAUAGUGGCCCAUUACGACUCUUUUGGCGUGGCCCCGUGGCUGUCUCAUGGUGCAGACUCCAAUGCCAGCGGCAUCUCUGUGCUCCUGGAGCUCGCCAGGCUGUUUUCUCGGCUCUACACCUACAAACGUACCCAUGCAGGGUAUAAUCUGCUGUUCUUCGCAUCUGGAGGUGGCAAGUUUAACUAUCAGGGAACCAAGAGGUGGUUAGAAGACAACUUGGAUCACACAGAUUCCAGUCUGCUCCAAGACAACGUCGCGUUUGUUCUUUGUCUCGACACCCUGGGCCGAGGGAACAGUCUUCACCUCCAUGUUUCGAAGCCUCCCAAGGAGGGGACCCUGCAGCAUGCGUUUCUGAGGGAGCUGGAGAUGGUGGUUGCCAGCCAGUUCCCCGGAGUACAGUUCUCCAUGGUGCACAAGAAAAUCAACUUGGCUGACGACAUGCUGGCAUGGGAGCACGAGCGCUUCGCCAUCCGCCGCCUGCCUGCCUUCACUGUCUCACACCUGGAAAGUCACCGGGACAGUCUGCGCAACAGUAUCAUGGAUGUGAGAGCGUGGGUGGACACCAAGGCUCUCACCCGCAACACCAGGAUCAUUGCUGAAGCUCUAACACGGGUCAUCUACAACCUAACAGAGAAGGGGGCUCCAGCUGACCUGCAGAUCUUCACAGAGCAGAUGGAGAUUCAGGAGGAGCAGCUCGAGUCAGUGAUGGACUGGCUGACCAGUCAGCCCAGAGCUGCCCAGCUCAUCGAUAAAGACAGCACCUUCCUUAACACCUUAGAAUACUAUAUGGGCCGCUACCUGAAGGAUGUCAAGCAGCAUCAUGUGAAGGCAGAUAAACGGGACCCUGAGUUUGUUUUCUACGAUCAGUUGAAGCAGGUGAUGAAUGCGUACAGGGUCAAGCCGGCAAUCUUUGACCUGCUCCUGGCUCUCUGCAUAGCAGCCUACCUCGGAGUUGCCUACAUCGCAGUCCAGCACUUUGGUCUCCUCUACAAGACAGUGCAGAGAUUAUCCCUUAAAACCAAGCAGCAGUGAAGCGACAAACCCAUCACAUCAAGCAGCACUGAGCCACCGGUGAGCCCAGCAGGAGCUUCUGCCUUCCACUGAAUGCUGCUUGCUUUCCUCCCUUUCUCUCUUCACCAACCCAGAGGAGGAAGGAAAGCAGCAAUUAAGAGAAAUUUCAGCUCUCGUGCACCUUUUCAGCCCCCCGCCCCCUUCCAGCUUGCCAAUUUUAAUUUCCAUCAUGGCGAGGGAGACCUGCAGAGACUGGCGACCCCCUGCGGGUAGUGCAUAUGCUGCCUAAGGUAACGAUUCCUCUGAACAGAGUCUCUGUGAAGGGCGCGGGUGCUGUACCUGGCUUCACAGAUGCAUGCCAUGCAGCCAGCUGGGAACCACCGUGGGGGAAAGCUCUGCUCAGCAAACAGGACUCGACGCACUCAUUUGAAACAUGUGCACAUGUAAAUUAAAGAGAGAAUUACUAGCACGUUUCCUACUGCACCUCUUCCUUCCAUCCCCACCCUCCCUGCCAGCUUCAGGAGAGGGGUAUUCGGCAACCAGUGUCUCCAGCAAACGGCUCAUUGCAUGUUCUUCAGACAGUGCAAUAACAGUUCCCUUGUUUCGAAGGUGCACGGAAACAACCUCGACUGUUAAUCAGGUUGAGGAAAAGGAGGAUCGUUUGUGGGUUCCCACCACAGGGUUCCCUACGUGAUGUGCCUCUGCGGGAGGCCGCGUUCUGCUGUGUGCUAGAUUUCCUCAGCCACUCUGCUGCUGCUGCUCCUGCUGCUGCUGUGCCUGGCUCCUGCUGUUCUCAGCCGGGGGCAGGAGAGGGAGGCUUGAAGUUCAACGCUGCUGCAGGAUCCACCCCCCAGGCCGUUCUGUCUGUGUCGACACUUUGGCUAUACUAAUAGCAUGAGCAAGCUAGUUCUGGUCAUGCUAUCUGGUCAGUAAUCCAGUUACUUUCCAUUCCUUUCUCUUUCCACUCCCAGCUGGGCUGAUUUUUUUUCAGCCCUGUUCGCCUGCAUCUCAGGGCUUUGUUUAAUAUUUCUUGUCACUUCUCUUUUCUGACUGCUGGUCCUAGCCUCAUGGUGUGUGUGUGUGUGUGUGUGUGUGUGUGUACGUGUCAGUACCCAAAGCACGGCUGUGGCUUCCUUUUUCCUGUGCCCGAGAGAGGCAGGGCAUCAGCCGUUACUUUCUAAAGGAGGUCUUCUGAACGUUGUUGAAUGAAUGUCGCUGUUUCUAGAAUUGUAAUGGAGAGCACAUGCGUUAAUACCUGGCACACACUCAUUCUCUGUUACCCGUGUCCUUAAGCAAGACUGUAUUCUUCUGUUGGCUAAUACUUGAGGAUGGGGUUGCCUAAAACCGUGGGGAAGACGUAUGCAGAAACUAUUAGCCCCCAUCGUAAUAGUAAGCCCCUCAAUUAGAUUUCUAAGAUAACUGGAAUAUAAUGUGUCUUGUAACCAUUUUGUGAUGAGGCCUGCUAGCAGGGGAGGCAGUUUUUAGUUUUGUAACCACCAAGCCCUAAAGUGAAAAUAGCCACUAGCUUGGAGCCAGGCUUUGGAGACAUCUGAGCCUGACGUUCUCUGAUUUUAAUAGCAGAUCUCCAGCUGACAACAGCAUGCUUUUGUACAAGUUUCUUUCUGCACUUACUGUGCUCUGUGCAGACACGGUGGACACUUUUACAUGUGCUCGGUGGGGGGCCGGGACACACAGCGCUUUAAUUAGAGUGUCUCCAAGAGCCUCUCUAAUUAAAGUGCCGCUGCGUCUUGUGUAUUAGAGUCAAUCAGAUUAAUUGAGUCUGCUCUGAUGCGCUGUAAUUACAGCAUGUCGGAGCAACCUACCCCCACUCGUGUACAGCCAGCCAGUAUUUCCCCAAACCAAGGUGUCCACCACAGGUCAUUCUUUUGAGGCUAAAUUCUUUCCUGGGGUAUUGAAAUAAAGCAUCUUCUUCUCACCUUACCUCACACAAGAAAAGCACCAGCUCUCUGUCCACAGAUGUGCUUUAGUGCAGAACAGUGUGUUAGGGUCUGGAGUUUCAGUAACCAAGCCCUUUGGACGAGGGUUUAAACCUCUUGGGUGUUCAAUCAUCUCUUAAAAAAAAAAAUUAAGAGAUUCAGCUUCACUAAGGCUUUCUCCCCUGUUGUGCGAGUAUCCCACUGUAGCCAGUCUGCAUUGACUCUACUCCUUAAAGGGCCUGACUCUUCACAAGAGUUAGCAGCUUUCCAGGGAUUUCUGCUUGCUGUUGUAAAUACCUGACGUGUGGAAAUAGUUUUAGAGGACAAAUUUGCCCUCUGCUGUUCCCUUGGGCGCUGACUUCAAAUGGGUCCCUUGGUCUGGUUGGGGCUGCUAGCAUCCCCACUGCAGAAGCCAUCAUAAAUGGACUGUGGAUGCUUGUUUCCUCCUUGAUUUGGAAGAAAACCUUGGCAGUUUGCCUUCAUGUCGCACCCGCCGUCUGCUUCCCUCCCUUGCAUGCCUGCUGGGCUCUCUUGGGUACCUACAGCCCAUGCCCUGGGGGUGUCAGUGAAGCUGCAUCUUUUAAGAGGCAGUGAACAUUUCUGCUCGCCAACUUAGCUAGGCCAUCACAGCCUUGUGGUUUGGGGGCCUGGCUGAAGCAUCUGCAACUUGUCCACAUCCUUUCUGUAGUGGGGGGCCCACAGCUGGACACAGGACUCCAGAUGUGGCCUCCCCAGUGCCGAAUAGAGGGGAAUAAUUACUUCCCUCGAUCUGCUGGCAAUGCCAGUUGCUCCCCAGCCUGUAGCUAAGCAGCAGCUCUGCAGAAAAGGAGCUGGGGGUGACAGUGGACAAUAAGAUGGAUAUGAGCCAGCAGUGUGGCCUUGUUGCCAAGAAGGCUAACAGCUACUGGGCUGCAUUGGUAGGAGCGUUGCCAGCAGAUCAAGGGAAGUGAUUCUUCCCCUCUAUUCUGCACUGGUGAGGCCACAUCUGGAGCACUGUGUCCAGUUGUGGGCCCCCCACUACAGAAAGGAUGUGGGCAAGUUGGAAAGAGUCCAGUGGAGGGCAGUAAAGAUGGUUUGGGGGCUGAGGGGCAUGACUUAUGAGAAGAGGUGGAGGGAACUGGGCUUAUUUAGUCUGGGGAAGAGAAGACCGAGGGGGGGAUCAAAUAGCAGCCUCCAUCUCCCUGCAGGGGGUUGCAAAGAGGAUGGAGCUGGGCUGUUCUCAGUGAGGGCAGAUGACAGAACUAGGAGCAAUGGGCUCCAGAUGCGGCAAGGGAAGUUGAGGUUGGAUAUUCGGAAAAACUUUCUCACCAGGAGGGUCGGGAAGCACUGGGACAGGACAGGUUACCCAGAGAGAUGGUGGAGCCUCCAUCCUUGGAGGUUUUUAAGGCCUGGUUUGACAAAGUGCUGGCUGGGGUGAUGUAGCUGGGACCCUGCGAGGUCCCUUCUAACCCUCACUUUCUGACUCUUUAAAAUGGGGAUUUGUAAUGUUACAGUUUGCUAGUGUUUUUGCACUCUGGUAAAGGUUUUCUUCCUUUGUUAUCCCAGAUCAUCCCUCCACCCAGCUUGGAGCAGUGGGGCGUCUCCUUUGCUUCGUGUAGAAUGGCUACCGCGGCGCAGAAGUCGCUAACAUUUAUGAGCAUCAGGCGGUAGAGAGCAGGCUUGAGGUGUCCUCACUUGCAGAUAUCUCUGGGCAAAAACAAUAUGAAGUCUCAGCAUCACCAGCUCCCCUUGGGGUAAAUCAUGCUGCAUCUCCAUCCUCGUCAAGUUUUCAGUGCUGAACCUACAGUUUAGAGCCUUGUGGUGCGGGAAAUAAAUACUGGACAUUCCUGAUCGCGGGAAAGCUGCCACUUUAUCUUAAAGCAAAGAGGGCAGGGCUGUGUGGUCACAGGACACACGCUCGUGGGCAAUUGGUGGCCUAAGCCCUUGACCUAUCACAGGUUGGAGCAAUUUAAUCUCCGAUUUAAGCACUCUGGUCAUCCCUACCUUGUUGCUAUGGAAUGUAGGUUCAGACACUAAUUACUACGGGUAGGGGCAGGCAGUGCUGAUCAAAGGGCGCUUGCAGAUACUAAACCCAUAAAUCUGAGAGAGAAGGAUUUACAACCUCAUGCCUGAAGAAGAAAGAGGCUUUGAUAUAUUUAAUCAAGCCUCGAGCCCUAAAUCCCACUAUCACAGAUCCUUGGAGUUCGAUCACUUCCCCCCUUUUGCCCGCGUCUCUUUUUGAAGUCAUUAAAACUUCCAGCCGAUCCCGGCGCGGUGCUCUGCUUUUUGUAAUAACGAGACGACGGUGCUGUUCCUGGCAGGCUGAGAUUUCACUGCGCCUGGCUCCUCUUCCUGCCCCGGAGACACGUGCAGAGAGAAAUGAUCUCGUUGGGGCUGGUCCUGUUUUGAGCAGGGGUUGGGCUAGAUGUGACCACCCGAGAUCCCUCCCAAACCUCCUUUUCUGUGAUUCGAUAUUUAAUAAAACAUCUCUUUGAGCCACCAUGGAAGAGUUUGGCUCGUGCACAGCUGCACCGUGCCCCCAUUUCUCUUCUGGUUUGCAGCAGGACUUCUCGGUCUCAUAGAGGAAGGGCUGAAAACAAGUAAUCAAGUUGGCAUGGGCGUGAAAGUUGAGCCUUAGCAGGUACGGGACAAUGAUGCGCGCGACCCACCGACUUCACCCGCUGCCAGGGGGACGUGAAAGCCAGCUCAGCAGAAGACUGGUCCUGCUCAAGCAGGCUGUGGCUACUUGAGUUAUUUUUCAGGCUCCCCCUUGCAGACUGCCCAGGGGACUGUUCUUAUUCCCAGCCCCACUAAUGUCUUUGCCCUGCCCAGAGGAGGCACCUCUUUGUACAAGGGAGGGAUGCUGCCAUGUCAUCUGGGUACUCGGUGAUUUCACAGGGGACGUUCUGGUUAUAAGCUGUUAAAACCAAAGCCCUCAACCGGAAUAAAUUAAGCAACAGAAACAGCCAGUCAAGGUGCAAUCAAACUGGGGAGGGGAGAACAGAAACUUUCAUCCGGCAGUUCCUCUACAAGCUCAGACCCGGGCUGGGUUAUCAUUUCCGAGAGGCAGCCAGGCUUGCUUUAAAGAUUCCCAGUGAUGGAAGAUCAGUCACAUCCCUUGUUAAGUUGCUCAGCUGGCUAAUUACCCUAGCUAAUGUGCUCCUUCUCUAGUCUUCAUUUAUUUUUUGCUUUAGCUCCCAGCCAUCUGAUAACUGCAAGGUUACAAAUUGAAAUGCUCUAGGCUCAGGAAAUGGGGGGGGGGGAUGUGAUUCUCACUGUAAUAUUAGUUCAGUUAUUUUUACUGUGUGUAUGCCGAGGUGCAUAUUUAAAAUAAGAAUAGAGAAGUCAACAUAAAAUGAGAAUAGCGAAGUCAACAUGAGUCAGCAUCACAACUAGCAUCAUUUCCUGAUCAAAAUAGCAUCGAUGUGUCUAAAUAUUUUAAUUUCUCUAUUUUUGUGUGUGUGUGUGUCCCCCAUGCGAAGGCCAGUAGGUUUGAGGAGAGCGGUUUGCUCCAACAGGCAACUGGGUUUUGCUAGCAGAGUUUGUACUCGCCCUGCUCUGUAGUUUGGGAUUAUAAUCUCACCGGGAAGGAAAGAGACUCUAGAGGGUCUUGCAGCUGGUACGUUCCCUUUGGGAGAUCGGAGGGCAUUACCACUGCAGUAGAAAGCGUUUUGGAGAAAAGGAGGAGAUUCUGCAGUCUCGAAUGGAGCAAAACCUGCAGGAUGGGUCCAAGGGGGAUGGAGCUGGGCUGUUCUCAGUGGGGGCAGAUGCUGGGACAAGGAGCAAUGGGCUCAAGCUGCAGCAAGGGAGGUUGAGGUUGGAUAUUAGGGGAAAAAAACAUUUUCACUAGGAGGGUAGUCAAACACUGGAACAGGUUACCCAGAGAGGUGGUGGACUCUCUCCAUGCUUGGAGGUUUUUAAAUCCCAGCUAGACAAAGCUUGGGCUGGGGUGAUGUAGCUGGGGCUGGUCCUGCUUGGAGCAGAGGGUUGGACUAGGUGCGACCCCCUGAUGUUCCUUCCAGCCCUAGUUUUCCAUGAAAACACUUGGGUUUCAGAAAAGAGUUCUGCUUGAUUGAAGGAUCGCAGAAUACAGCUCCGAAGAGAGCGUUGUGGUGAAAAGAUAGCUAUUUUGCAAACCCGCCAUCUGUCCGCAGCAUCGGCUGUCCUGGUGUUCCCAAAACCAAUGCUCCGCGCGUGCAAAAGUGGCUCGGAGCCCCUCCAGGUGCGGUUGCUAUAUUUAUUCAAGUGCACGCUGAGGAGGAUGGGCCAGUCGGCUUUUGGAGUUGUGAGCAUUAAAAAAAAAAAAAAUACUUCUUACGUUUUGUUUCCCAAUAUCUGUAACUCGAGGGCAGCUGAACGGACUUGGCUCAGAAAUUCUCCAAAAGCUUCAGCCGUGCUGUGGUGCAGCCUGGAUCAAUUUAGGCGCUUUUAUGUUUUAUGAGCCUAAACCACCGGGGUUUCCAUUUCGAGACCCGAUGCUCCUCUCAACAUCGCGAGGCCUAUUACUAGACUUCUUUCUAGUCCUUUGAAGUCGAGGGGCUCUUCCAGGGCUCACCCACCCGUCUGGCAACAGCGGAGCGAGUUGGCAGCUGCGCAGCAGCGUCUUGCAUCUAGCGAAUCCAGCACGUUGCCCUAAAGGUUCAAAACUGCAUGAAACGGGGCCGCUCCGUUCAGCGCUGUCCCUCCUCUCGGGUGGUUCGGUCUCUUUGCACGCUGAGCUCGCUUUCUGGUUUUGCUUUUAUUUGACCGUAAACUCGGGACUUGAGUCACCAGUUGGACGCGGGUCUUCAGAGCGCAGCCGAACGACAGCGCCACGUUCGCUACCCUGCACAGCUUAGAAACGGGACCGUCGUCUCCCCCGUGCUCGCGCGCCCCAAACGCCACCUUGAAUUAUUCCAGCCUUCUACGUCUCUCGUGGCUUGUGUCUGCCACGUGGUCGGCUCGGGAUGAACCAGCGCCUCGUCGUUUCUCUUAUACCUGGACAUGCCAAUGCUCUUAGUCCCUGGAAACCUUUCGAAACAGCUGCAUUUCCCUUCUACCCAAAUGCAAACGCACUGGGCUGGGGCCCGACUCCACUUCAUUGAGCUGCUGAUGUACUAACACUGCCAGGUAAAGGAGUUGUUCCCCCCCCUUAACACUACCUUGCAUUUUGUGCUUGCGUGUGCACCGUUUCCAGACCGGCCGCUCAGCUGGGCUGGUUUCGUUCCCUUCUCGCCCGUCUCCGUUCGCUAUCGGAGGGGAAUGUAUUGCACAGAAGUACAACGGUGAAUUGUUCUGUCUGAUACCAGGGAGGUUCCUGUUCUUUUAAUUACUGCACUGAUUUCUGUUGGUUUUCUCUCUCUCCUCAUCUCUUGCCACAAUCCCUCAGUACGUUUUAAUUAAUUAUUCAGGGGACAUGUGAAUUGUGGAGAGAGAAUGCUCUUGAAAAUAAAAAUCAAACCAUGAUCCACG